UAAAAGUAUCCCCAACGGCUGAUAGACCAAUUGCGUUUAGCGGAAGAAAGAGUACGAAUUUUGUAUUUUUGUACACGAGCUAGUGGGCUACUUCUACUUUUGGGUCUGGUAAGGUUCACGAAAAUGAUGGAUGCACUGUCGGUGGUGAGUCAGCUGCGGGACCUGGCUUCAGAACCGCAGAACCGGGCGGUGAUAGUACAGGAUCAGGGCUGUCUUCCCGGUCUGGUUCUUUUUCUGGACCACAAGGAUCCAGAUGUGCUGUUUGCAACUCUACAGACCCUGCGUUACUUGGCUGAGUUGACUCCCAACAUUCCUACCAUGAAGAAUGAACUGGGUAUGAUGGUGAGCUUGGAGAAUCUUUAUGGAAGAGAAGGUCUCUCUGUUGACAUCACAGCAUUGGCUAAAGAAGUCUACAACAUCCUGAGUACACCUACUAAUCCUGCACCUCACACACCAGAGAGGGAAAAGAGAAAGAAGUCCCAGUUCUUUAUCAACUCCUCCAACAAGAAGGCCAAGUCUGUCACACUGCACAUCCAGGGGCUGGACAGCAUUCACCAACGAGGCUUGUGUGAGGAGGCUCUUCUGAAAGUCAAAGGAGUGAUCAGUUUUACUUUCCAAAUGGCUUCCAAGAGAUGUACAGUCCGCAUCCGUUCAGACCUGCCCACUGAGAGUUUGGCAACAGCCAUCGCUGCCACUAAGGUGCUGUCAGCCCAACAAGUGGUGAAGAAUGAGGCAGGAGAAGAGGUUUAUGUCUCUCUGACCUCUUAUGGAGUGGAGGUACAGCAAAACUCAGCCCUUCCAGAUUAUCUCCCAGAGGAAGAGGAGAGCCCAGUACAGGAUGUCGACAGAGCAAUUUCUCGCACCACAGCUAAGGAAGAUUCCAGUGGCAGCUGGCUCAAUGCUGCUGCCAGUUUCCUAACAAAAACCUUUUACUGGUGAAGUGCUGUGAAACACUGGGACUGUGUUACAGAGUAGUGCUGAAAGACUCCUCAUUGUUAGUGGAACUGACAUUGUUAGUUGAGACCACAGGAGUGCAUAGUUUUCAACUGAUGUGACUAUAAAAAUGUGCAUAAGCAACACAUUGCAGAUUUACUCUUGAUUCAGCAGUAGGGCUGAAUGACAAGACAAACACUUAAAGUCUUUCUUGGACUGUAUUUUCUAUUCAACAUUUAUUUGUAAAUCUUUUUUUCUUUUGAAGCUGCCCGUUCUCUUUUCUUUCAUAUGUGAAAAAAAUUCUUGCUACAUUUCUAUCAUUCAAAUCUUCCUCCGUCAUGCUGUUUAGGUUUAUUGUAAAAUAAAUGUAUAAAAUACAUGCAACA